AUGGAGGCAAGAGACGCGACUGCAGGUGCUCAUGUGAGCAGUGAUGAAGGGGAACAAGCCACAAAGAAGGAUGCAGCUCCUCCAAAAGACAAAUCACAGUCCAAGAGCAGGAUGGAGCAGAUCUUCGGGUUUAAGAAGGAGGACCUGAGCUCCUGGCACAACCUGGUGGCACUUCUGAACCGCCCCACAGACCCUGCUUCUCUGGGCAUCUUCCGCUGCUUGUUUGGGCUGCUGAUGGCAGUUGACAUCACACAGGAACGUGGCCUCAGUCAUCUGGACUACAAGUACCUGGAUGGGGCGCCCGUCUGUCGCUUUCCACUCUUUAACUUCUUACAACCUCUGCCGAUGGACUGGAUGUACCUGGUUUACAUGGUCAUGUUUUUUGGGGCUGUUGGCAUCAUGCUUGGGUGUUUCUACCGACUUUCCUGCCUUAUGUUCAUAUCAACUUACUGGUACAUCUUUUUUCUGGAUAAAACUGCCUGGAACAAUCACUCUUACCUCUAUGGUCUCAUUGGAUUUCAGCUCACACUCAUGGAUGGUAACAGAUACUGGUCCAUUGAUGGUUUGCGGAGACCCAGUAUAAGAAACGCUCAUGUGCCACUGUGGAACUACACCUUGUUGAGGACACAGAUUUUUAUUGUGUACUUCAUCGCUGGGAUUAAAAAGUUGGAUGCUGACUGGGUGGAGGGGUACUCAAUGUCGUACCUGGCGCAUCAUUGGCUUUUUGACCCUUUUAAGCUCAUUCUUCCUGUGGAGUUAGUGAGUCUGCUGGUGGUGCAUGGAGGUGGUCUUAUUCUGGAUCUGACAGCCGGCUACCUGCUUUUCUUUGAUGUCACAAGACCAUAUGCAUUUUUCUUUGUCUCCUACUUCCACUGUAUGAACUCUCAGCUUUUCAGCAUUGGGAUGUUUUCCUACACAAUGCUGGCCACCAGUCCUCUCUUCUGCUACACUGACUGGCCAAGAAGAUUCUUCAGCCAUUUCCCAGAAUUCCUCAGGGGAGUCCUGCCACUCACGUCGUCGGACGUUCAGCCCAGUUCCUCCUGUGUUUACAGUGAGACCGAGAGCAGGAGCACAGAACGCCAGGAGACCCCACCUGCCACCAAAUCAUCCAAACUAAGACUGAAACACAAGCUACGAGCCAUUUUUGCCAUUGUUUACAUAUUAGAACAGUUGUUCCUGCCGUACUCCCACUUCAUCACGCAGGGUUACAACAACUGGACUAAUGGCUUGUACGGCUACUCAUGGGACAUGAUGGUUCACUCCCGCAGCCAUCAACAUGUUAAGAUCACCUACAAAGAUGGAAAAACAGGAGAAAUCGGGUAUUUGAACCCAGGGGUUUUCACACAAAGCCGUCGUUGGAAAGACCAUGGAGACAUGCUCAAGCAGUACGCAACCUGUCUCAGUCAGCUGCUGCCUCGCUAUAACGUCUCUGAUCCUGAAAUUUACUUCGACAUCUGGGUUUCCAUCAAUGAACGCUUCCAGCAAAGGAUCUUUGAUCCGCGUGUGGACAUCGUGAAAGCUGAUUGGUCUCCUUUCAAAGCAAACCCUUGGCUGAUGCCACUGCUGGUCGACCUGUCACCUUGGAGGGCCAAGUUCAUGGAGAUUGAGGGCACUUUGGAUAAUCAGACAGAGAUUGUGUUCAUCGCAGAUUUCCCAGGUCUCCACUUGGAAAACUAUGUGAGUGAAGAUCUGGGCAACACCAGCAUCCAGGUGCUACAGGGUCAGGUCAAUGUUGAAGUGCUUGAGGAGAAGAAGAACUACACACUGCAGCCUGGUGAGAUGAUGAAGGUACCUGCUGGGGCUUACCAUAAGGUAUACACAGUGUCAGAAGAUCCUUCUUGUUAUAUGUAUAUUUACGUCAACACCACAGAGGCAGCGCUGCAGGAGAACUUCACCAAACUGUUUGAGCUUCAGGAGAGAAUUCGCAAUGGAACAGAAACUGAGCCGCUUCCACCUGAACUGCAGCCUCUCGCUGCUGCAGAGGACGAAGUGUCAGAGGUCAACGCCACCGACCCGAUUGUGCGACUGUUCCUGAAGAGGCAGAGACGCAUGAAGGAGGUGAAGAAACGCAGGGAGGCCGGUGUGUUGGAGCGACUAGAACGCUUCGCUGUGAAAAAGUACUACACGAUACGAAGGGGGUUCCUGAUGUCAGCCAUUGCCAUGCGUAAUCUGGUAGUGGGUCUGCCGCCCCUGGAACAGCUGACCAGAGAGGUCGACUUCGCCAACAUGAAGGCGCCUCAGUCAGAAGGAAACCAGGAUGAACGGCUCAAAGAUGAAGUUGGACACGGAGAACUUUAAAGCUGUUGUUUGGGCCAAAAAUAAUCUGGUGAAUAACCUGCAGGUGCUGGAUCACAUUAUCUCGGACAGAUGUGUGUGUUACUACUACUGGACUGUUACUGCUCUGGGAAACUGAUGCUCAGAUACUAAAAGACAUUUUUAAUUUUCUACGCUUCUGAAAUUUGUUUCAGAUGAUUUUCAAAUGCCAAGUUGUAUUUUAUCUUUCGUUUAUGAAUUUAAGUUCAAGCUAAGGAUACAUUCCUAUUGUUACUGCUGCAAAACAAAAAUACUGGAUAUUCUCAGAUAUGUGCCAGUUUCCUGUGUUUAAUUUUACUGAACAUUCUGAUCAAAAAUUAGCCAAACAUCUGCAUUAUUAGAUCUGCUACUAUUUCUGCUUUAAUUUCUAUGAUGAUGUAAAGCAAUCUGAAACAUUUGACUGAAUGAUGAAUUGAUGUUUUAAAGGGGCAGCGUUUCGUGAACGUACUGAAAAUGGUAGUUUGUCAGUGCUCUUUCUCUUGGUACUUGGACAAAGUUUAAUUCAUGCAAACAGAUUUGCAAACAUACCUUUUUUUUGUUUUUAAAGUGUUUUAAUCUUAAGAUUUAUGCUAACCCUGUGAUGUGAGGAAUAACUGACAGUUGCUUACCUUUUUUAGUCCCUUUUUAUAAUAAAGACAUUAAGAUGUGAAUAAAGAAAACAUUUUUUUCAAUUAAA